AUUUGCGGAACCUGAAAACUUCCUUAAGCUGCAGUUGCUGUGCUCGCCUCCUAGGACAUCCAGCAGCUCGUCCUGUCCCCUGCCAGGUCUCCAUAUGCUCAGCCAGAUCUACAUAAGUAUAAAUCAAAACUAAGAGGCCUGGGUGGUAAAGGCCAAGGAGACUCUAUCAAAGGAUCCAGCCCAGAUAUUUGGCAGAUAGAAUCUCUGUACUCCAAGACAACAGGCACACAUGGAAAGUGAAUAUACUGUGUCUAAUUGGUAAAAUGAAAUGGGAUCACAUCAAAGAGUCAGAUAUCGUAUUUUAGUGUGAUGGCUAAUGAAACACCAUUCAAUUCUACGCAUCGAUCCUGGAAGACAGUAGCUAUGGGUCCUUGAGUCUAGUAGACCCUGGAAGAUAAGUGCUCAGAAAUAACUCUGAGUAGUAGUGCUUUACAGCAGUGACAUUUCAAGAAGAGUUCCAGUAUUUGAAACUGGGAGAAGAACAACAAAAAGCAUGAGUGCUUCUCUGGUAAACACUCCUCAGGGUCUGUUAACCUUCAAGGAUGUGGCUCUGGACUUCUCACUGGAGGAAUGGAAAUGUCUCAGUUUUACUCAGCGGGCAUUGUACAUGGAUGUGAUGCUGGAGAAUUACAACAAUCUUCUGUUUGUGGAAAAUCAUCUCAUAUGUGGAAGACAUCAGAAGGUCUUAGAUCAAGACACAGAGUGCAAUGUCCAUGAACAUGUGAAUAUGCAAGAGAAGUCUUAUAAAUGUAAUGAGCUCAGCAAAAUGAUUAAUGAAUCCACCCAAAGUAAACCUGAGAAAACUAACCACAGAGAUGCCUCACUUCAAUCCUCAAACCUGAAAAGACUUAAAAUUGGGAAAACCAGAGAAGUUUCCAAAUAUAAAGACUGUGUAAAGUGUUUAAAUGAGUGCUCUAUAAAUAAUCUAAAUCAAGGAAUACACAUAGGGAAGAAAGAAAAUAACAGUACAGAAUUUGAUAAGGGUAUUGCAUCUAACCAUAAAGUUAUGCUGAAACAAAACAAUAAUGAUAAGAAGCUUUACAAAUGCAGUGAAUGUGACAAAUGCUUUACCCAUAAAUGGAGUCUUCAUAGUCAUCAACGAAUUCAUACAGGAGAGAAACCUUACAAAUGCAGUGAAUGUGACAAAUGCUUUAAGUACAAAUAUAAUCUGCAAUGUCAUCAGCGAAUUCAUACAGGAGAGAAACCUUACAAAUGCAGUGAAUGUAACAAAUGCUUUAUUGACAAAGGCAGUCUUAGAAUUCAUCAGAGAAUUCAUACAGGAGAGAAACCUUACAAAUGCAGUGAAUGUGACAAAUGCUUUAUUGCCAAAGGCAUUCUUAGAAUUCAUUAUAGAACUCAUACAGGAGAGAAACCUUACAAAUGUAGUGAAUGUGACAAAAGCUUUACCAAAAAAUGCCAUCUUCAAAGUCAUCAACGAAUUCAUACAGGAGAGAAACCGUACAAAUGUAGUGAAUGUGACAAAUGCUUCAUUGACAAACCUCAUCUGAGAAUUCAUCAGAGAACUCAUACUGGAGAGAAACCUUACAAAUGCAGUGAAUGUGACAAAUGCUUUAAGUACAAAGAUAGUCUGCAAUGUCAUCAGCGAAUUCAUACAGGAGAGAAACCUUACAAGUGCAGUAAAUGUGACAAAUGCUUUACACACAAAUCCAGUCUUCAAAGUCAUCAAAGAACUCAUACAGGAGAGAAACCUUACAAAUGCAGUGAAUGUGACAAAUGUUUUGCCAAUAAAUGCCAUUGUCAUAGUCAUCAGAGAACACAUACAGGAGAGAAACCUUACAAAUGCAGUGAAUGUGACAAAUGCUUUACCCAAAAAUGGAGUCUUCAUAGUCAUCAGAGAAUUCAUACAGGAGAGAAACCUUACAAAUGCAGUGAAUGUGACAAAUGCUUUACUGAUAAAGGCAGUCUUAAAAUUCAUCAUAGAAUUCAUACAGGAGAGAAACCUUACAAAUGCAGUGCAUGCAACAAAUGCUUUACUACAAAAUACAAUCUUCAUAGUCAUCAGCGAAUUCAUACCAGAGAGAAACCUUACCAAUGUAGUGAAUGUGACAAAUGUUUUACUGACAAAGGCAGUCUUAGGAUUCAUCAUAGAACUCAUACAGGAGAGAAACCUUAGAAGUGCAGUGAUUGUGACAAAUGAUUUGCCCAAAAAUGCAGUGUUCGAAGUCAUUAGACAAUUCAGGCAAGAGAGAAACCAUACAGAUGCAGUGAAUGUGACAAAUGCUUUACCUUCAAAUGCAAUCUUCAUUUCCAUCAGAGAAUCCACACAGAAGAAAUACCUUACAAAUGGAGUGAAUUUGCAAUGUCAUCAGUGAAUUCAUACAAGAGAAUAACCUUACAAAUGUAGUGAAUGUGAUAAAUACUGACAAAGGCAAUCUUAGAAUUCAUCAUAGAACUCCUAUAGGAGAGAAACCUUACAAAUGCAAAUAAUUUCUCUAUACUACAGAAUUUUCAUAAGUAUACAAAACGUGUGAAAGCAUUCAUGCCGUGUUGAAAUCUUAGAUAAUGUGAACUAUUUCUGUGGGGAAAUACUCUGAAAAAUGUGACAAUAUAGGAAAGUUUUACUUGUUCACUCUUAAAUAUUAUAAGAUAAAAACCAUUACGGAAACCAGAAGAAUGUAGUAUUUUUGGACACUUUCCUUGAAACUGAAAUAAAUGGUUCAAAAGGAAACCUAAUUAAGUUAUGUAAUACACCUUUCAAAUUGUUUAAUAAUACUGACAGCAUUCUUGAUAUUUAAUUCACAUAAAGAAAUUCAGACAAAUUAUGCUUAAGUGAGGAUUUGGUACACUGAGACACCUAAAGAAAUAGGAUGUUCUUUAUCCUAUAGAGAUGACUACAGGCCUGGUCAGUGGUGGUGCAUGUCUUUAAUCCCAUCACUUUGGGGGUAGAUGCAGGCAGAUUUCUGAGUUACAGCCUAGCCUGGUCUAUACAGAGAAACAUUCUCUCUCUCUCUCUCUCUCUCUUUCUCUCUCUCUCUCUCUCUCUCACUCACUCACUCAAAAAAAAAGAUAUCUACAGAUAUGCUUGGAGUAUCCAGUAUUCAUAAUCUCUACCAAAUGCUGAGUUCAAGUUUCAGGAUAACAAGUUACUGUGAGCCCCUUGUGUUUUCAUCAUCAAAAUGAUCUUCCUCUUUGUCCUGUAAGUAUAUCCAAUAAAGCUCAUUGAUUAA